UUAUUAUUCUCAGUACGAAAAUGGCAGAUUUUAAGAAAAUACUUCUUGACCUAGACCCACAAAACAUGUUAAAAUUAGGUCAAAGAGAUAAACGUAAGAGCGGAUGGGAAUCAAGGGUUCAGAAUCAGAUAAAAACUAAGAAACUCCAUAUGCUGAAUCAUGUGCAUCUAGUUAGUAUGAAGAGUUCGCAGACACCAAAGUUUCAUCCUUCUGACUCAAGACUUAAAUUGAGGUUCCAAGGAAUUAAUGGAGACAAUACUAAUCAUAGGAAAAAACUUAACCCGAAGAAUGUUCUUAGUCCCUUUAAGAAUAGGAAAUUAGAUAAGAAGAGCACUGGAGAGUUGGAUAAAAUCCCAAAAAUGAAAAAAAGCAAAUCUACUAGCAUGAAAUACCUAGCUCUGAACAGCAGGUUUCCUUAUAACUUAUCACCUAAAUUCCAAGAAAUAGAAGAGACUCCUAAAACAGUCUUUCAAAAGCAUGGAAACAUGAAAAAGGACCUCACUAAUUCUAAAUAAUUUGGAUUAUCUGCAAAAGAUUCCCCAAUUAUGCGGCCAGAUCACAAAGAUAACCAUGCCAAUUUCGCUCAAAAUCCAAGAGAAGAACUAUGAGCUCAUACAGACCAUGGAUAAGGACUCAGAAGAAUUAUUUUCAAAACAUCUUUACGAGGAUCCUAAACAUCGCAAGCAUAAAAGCAUUACUUUCCAAAAAAAUAGCCCUUAUAUAAAGAGGAAAAAGGAGAGUCCUUAUUAUUAUAACUAAAUUCAUCAAAACUAAGUCAAGUCAAAGGGA